CUUCCGGAAGAAAGCUCCUGGUGGAACAUGGCGACUGCUGCAGAGCAGUGGGUACUUGUGGAGAUGGUGCAGGCGCUAUACGAGGCUCCUGCUUAUCAUCUUAUUUUGGAAGGCAUUCUAAUUCUCUGGAUAAUUAGACUUCUUUUCUCUAAAACUUACAAAUUACAAGAACGCUCUGAUCUCACAGUUAAGGAAAAGGAAGAAUUGAUUGAAGAGUGGCAACCUGAACCUCUUGUUCCUCCUGUCUCCAAAGAUCAUCCUGCUUUGAACUACAAUGUUGUUUCAGGCCCUCCAAGUCACAACAUUAUGGUGAAUGGAAAAAAAUGUAUCAACUUUGCUUCAUUUAAUUUUCUUGGAUUGUUGGAUAACUCUAGGGUAAAGGCAGCGGCUUUAGCAUCAUUAAAAAAGUAUGGUGUGGGGACUUGUGGACCUAGAGGAUUUUAUGGCACAUUUGAUGUGCAUUUGGAUUUGGAAGACCACCUGGCAAAAUUUAUGAAGACAGAAGAGGCCAUUAUAUACUCAUAUGGAUUUGCAACAAUUGCUAGUGCUAUUCCUGCUUACUCUAAGCGAGGGGACAUUGUGUUUGUAGAUAGAGCUGCCUGCUUUGCCAUUCAGAAAGGAUUACAGGCAUCACGUAGUGAUAUUAAGUUAUUUAAACAUAAUGAUAUGAGUGACUUGGAACGACUCCUAAAAGAACAAGAGAUUGAAGAUCAAAAGAAUCCACGAAAGGCUCGGGUAACUCGACGUUUCAUUGUAGUGGAGGGAUUAUAUAUGAAUACUGGAACUGUUUGCCCUCUUCCAGAAUUGGUUAAGUUGAAAUAUAAAUACAAAGCAAGAAUCUUUCUGGAGGAAAGCCUUUCAUUUGGAGUUCUAGGGGAGCACGGCCGUGGAGUUACUGAACAUUAUGGAAUCAACAUUGAUGAUAUUGAUCUGAUCAGUGCAAACAUGGAGAAUUCUCUUGCAUCUAUUGGGGGCUUCUGCUGUGGCAGGUCUUUUGUAAUUGACCACCAGCGACUUUCUGGCCAGGGGUACUGCUUUUCAGCUUCAUUGCCCCCUCUGUUAGCUGCUGCUGCAAUUGAGGCUCUCAACAUCAUGGAAGAGAAUCCAGAUAUUUUUGCGGUAUUGAAGGAAAAGUGCAAACAAAUUCAUAAAGCUUUACAAGGCAUUUCUGGAUUGAAAGUUGUAGGGGAGCCUUUUUCUCCUGCAUUUCAUCUACAACUAGAAAAAAGCACUGGAUCAAGAGAGAAAGAUGUUAUACUGCUUGAAGAAAUCGUGAAUCAAUGCAUUAGCAGGGGUAUCGCAUUAACCCAAGCACGCUAUUUGGAGAAAGAAGAGAAGUGCCUCCCACCUCCGAGUAUUAGAGUUGCAGUCACAGUGGAACAGACAGAACAAGAACUGAAAAAUGCUGCAUCCACAAUCAAAGAAGUGGCCCUAGCUGUUCUGCUUUAA